AUGCCACCAAGAAAGGAGAACGCCAAGAAGACUUACACCGAGUCUCAGAGAGCACGGAAAAAUGCCUAUGAGCAAGCCAGGAAAGCCAAGAAGAACGGUCCAAUGGAGGAAUUGAGAGCGCUGACUCGUCAUCGCUUUGAUUCCGACUUCCAACCGGAAAGAGUUGUGAUUGUGGAAGCCGCCAAGUACAUUGAAGAGCUUCGAAAGCUGCUGGCUGAUUCGGAAGCAGCUCAGGAGGCUCCUCAGAUGGAGAUGGAAGACUUUGAUCCCGAGCAGGCCGCUUAUGAGAUGUUCGGGUUGUCGCAGCUAUCCAACAUCGCCCAAUCUUCUUCUCCACCAGCCACGGUCGUCCCAAACACCGCCAUGUCUUCUGAUGCCGCCUACAACCAGUGGAAUGGAUAUCAGGAACAAUAUAGGAUGUCACCACCAUGGUCUAUUGCUGAAAGUGCCACGCCGCCUACAGUCUUCGUCUCAAACAACUCCACUCCUCCUGAUGGCGUCUACAAUGGAUCUGCUUCCCCACCAUCCGUAUCCAACAACACCUUCACGUCUUCUGAAGCUGUCUAUAACCAAUGGAAUGAGUAUCAGGAGCCGCAGCAAUAUUAUUAUCCACCGCAAGUCGAUCUUCAACAGCAGCAGUACAACGAAUAUCUGAUGAAUGGCGGACAGUACUACUAA